AUGCCUUCCCCAAGACAAGACCCUGGAGGACUUUCGGGUCAAGACGUGCGGGGGCGCGCUGGGCGAGGCGAGGCGCGCCCGGCGGGGCUGACGGCGGUUCUCGUCUCCCCGGCAGUGACGGUUGUCAGCGGGCUCAUCGUGGUGCUGCUUUUCUUCUCGGAGCUGCAGUACUACCUCACCAAGGAGGUUCAUCCGGAACUGCGCGUUGACAAAUCAAGGGGAGCUAAACCGAAGAUCAGUCUCGAUGUUAUUCUUCCGCACGUGCCUUGUGCUUAGUUGAGCAUCGAUGCCAGGAACGUAGCAGGAGAGCAGCAGCUGGAUGUAGAGCACAAUCUGUUUGAACAACGUUUGGAUAAAGCUGGCAAUCGUGUGACCCCGGAGGCCGAGAGCCACGUCACCAGGGACUUCACCCGACUGCCGUGCCUUCCCAGAUAUCACGGAGAGCGGCUUGGCAACUCCAUCAGCCAGUUCCCUCAGGACUCUGGGAUGCAUCUCGUCAGGUCCCAUGGACGUAUGUAUGUUCAGGUUCCUCAGGUGGUCACGAACCUGAUCUUCUCUUACAGUGGGAGGGCCUUUGCUGCCCUAGUCUCCGUCUUGCGGUCCACCCCCUGGAGAGGUGUGGGAAGAGAGGCUGCCAGUGAAAUCAAUAUGACGCACUAUAUCGAGCAUCUCUCGUUUGGGAGGGAUUAUCCAGGCAUUGUGAACCCUCUGGACGGGACGGAUGUCGCUGCGCAGCAAGCUUCCACGAUGUUUCAGCGUUUUGUCAAAGCGGUCCCCAGGGUGUAUAUGAAAGUAGAUGGUGAAGUGGUAGGGACUAAGCCGUUUUCAGUUACACGACAUGAGAAGAUAGCCAACGGGCUACUGGGAGACCAGGGUCUGCCUGGUGUAUUUGUGCUAUAUGAACUUUUGCCCAUGGUGGUGAAGCUGACAGAGAAACACAGGUAAGAGACAUUUCAAUCUACGUCAUCACCCUCCAUUGAUUUUUGCCAUUUUGCAUAGCUUAAGGCUCCAUCCUCGCUUAGACGCGACAGUGCAAAUGCCUGAAAGCCAUCCGAGCCCCUUCCCAGUCGGUGGAGAGGAAGAGGCACUCCCGGAUGCCCUUCUUCUCCGUGUGAACAUCUGAAAGGGAUUGGGGCUUUUCUGCUACUACCUGAAGCAUAUUAAUUCAACAAGCCAUUUGAGGACGAUUCUUUGAGCAGAGCACCUCCAUUUUCCUGCUGAACUGCUGGAGUAGGUCCACAGUGCAGGCAGACACAACAGUCACAGGGGGAAGGGGCUUCAAUCCGUUAUCUGUAGCAACAGAACUUCAGGCGCCGAGGCUUCCUGGUGAAAACACCCUUAAGGUGUAACUUGAUGGCUUCAGCGGUAUGCUCGGCUCACUUGCCAGAGCUGAGCACCGUGUACUUUACUCGCGUAAAUCUUACAGGCAUUUUGCCCUGAACACCUGCGAAGAUUCACCUCCUCAGGGAGACCAGGGCGUACCAGAGCCAUAAAAGCACGUGGAA